UUUUUGUGUGAAGCCUGAUAAAUGAAAAGAACGGAAAUCGCAAGGUGGUGCGUGAUUACUGGGCAAGUUCCCGAUUUCUAGGCGCGUGACGUAAUUCACCUGUUAGAUUUCAAGGAUAAGUAAGGCUUUCUCUGGGCUAUAACAAUACCAUUAGAUAGAAAAAUACAGUCCUUAUAAAUAAAACAGAGUAUUAAUUGAGGUCAAACAAUGAAUUUUCUCUAUUUAUGUACGUCCAAAUGUAAUCAAUAUGACAAUUCGGCGAUAUGGCAAGAAAUCUGAUCGACUUCUUUGAAUGGAAGUGAAAUUUGCAUCACAAAAGAGCUGAGGUGCGACAGUGAUUCGGCGAACGUGUAUUGUAGCUCGUUAGACCGACUGGAGUCUUCAACCUGAACAUUGCAAAAUCCGCUUUUGAUCAGUAUUGGAAAUUCGUGCUUGGCAUUACGAUAUGAAUUUGAAUUUGUUUAUUGAUUUGGAAAGAGGACCGCGAUCUGCUUUGGUUCGAUGGCUCCAAAGGCGACGUUUGAUAGCAGAUCCUCUUUGGUGUGCGCAGUGUAAUAUCGCGAUGGAAUUAACCGAGAGAAAUGGCGAACAUGUAGACGGGUUUCUUUGGAGAUGUAGUGGGUGUCGCAAAAGACGAAGCUUGCGAACGAACAGCUUUUUCGUUGAAUUCCCGAAGAUCCCUUUGGGAACGCUUCUUCGCGUAAUGUUUUCCUUCGUGCACGAGGAGUCACAACGUAGAAUUGCGGAAACGCUUGCCUUAAGCCGAAGUUUAGUUUCUCGCAUUUAUAGGCGACUACAAGAUCUGUGCUCAGUGGAUCUCGAAAACAGGUCAAUCCUACCGUUUGGAGGACCCGGAGCUGUUAUAAAGUGCGACGAAAGCAAGUUCAACCAUAAAUCCAAGUAUAACAGGGGAAGGAGAGCAGCCCGUGACUCGUGGGUGUUUGGCAUCAUAACCACAGAGUAUAGUCCCGCGCGGGGUUACUUUAAGGUUGUCGAGAGAAGAAAUGCGGCCACCCUUCUACCGAUCAUCAAUAGAUGCGUCCUGCCCGGUAGUGAAAUCCAUACAGACGAUUGGGGGGCAUACAGACGAAUAAUGCAACUUCCAAGCGUCCGCAGACAUAGAGUUGUCGUGCACGCCCACAAUUUCGUCGAUCCACGCACUGGAGUGCAUACACAGGAGGUGGAGUCUUGCUGGAGCCAGCUUAAACUCGGGCAAAAACAGAGAAAGGGGCUGAGAAGAGAAGAUCUGCAAUCCUACCUCGACGAGAGAAUGUGGCGGCAGUGGAGAGGAGGAGACCAUACGCAAAUCAUGGCAAAUUUUAUCGCCAUCAUACCCCUACAAUUCUCGACUAACCAACCAGCUCUAUAAUAAAUAAUUAUAAUCUUCUUAAAUAGUAAUUUUCAAGUCGCUUAUAGAGUGUUUUUAUUUAAGGACGUUCGCGCGUAAAUUUUCUACUCGAUAGAUUUUUUUUAAACUUCUACUACAGUGAGACUGAUGACUUACUUGUUUCAGAAAUGAAAUAAAAAUAGGGGGUCACCGGCUUCGUUUCAGAGAUAAGGCGUGUGGAAAACUAGUCUGAUUUUGAUAAAUUGGUGCGCGUAAUUCAGCAUGCUCUCCAAGUUCUUUAGGUUAAAAUAUCAAAGAUAAGUCAACAGUGGCAAACUAUCCUAAGUGAAUCUGUGGCGUUCAUAAUUUCAAAUAUUUCCAUUAUUUUCAGAGACCUUAACCCAAAAUCCACGCAAAGUCAAAGCGAUGGCCAUUUGCCCUAUUAUUCUUCACUUUACUACUUAGCGCGCGCGCUCGAUGCAUGACGUGGCAUGUGAAAUUCGUGCGCAGUAAGGAUGCGCAGAAACAAUUAGCGCGAACGUCCUUAAGGGAGACUUAUGUUUAGUGGCCCAAUAUUUUAUUUUAAAUUCGAACGUUAACAAUUUAACAGUUCAAACUGCAAUACGACAUUUGGUACCCCAAUACACAGAACACCUGGCUACGCCCCUUCUAAUUAUAUAUGUUUUAGAUAUUAUGGUGGCAUACUUCAGUUUUAAGAGAUUCAAGAGCGCACGUUAACAUUUUCUUGUUAACGUCAAU